AUGUGGGACACCCUCCGAGGCCUCCACUCUCACGGUCGCCCGAGUCGUACUAUGGACCUCCUCAAUACUCUGGCACCCCUACGCUGGAGAUAUCCCAUUUAAAGAAUUCGUCAACAAGUUCAAGAUUGCCAUGACCGAUUUUCAAAACCUCGGAGAUCCGCUUCCGCAUUGGUUGUUUGCAGGCAUGCUCGUUCGGUCGCUCCACAGCCCAGUAUGACUCGAUCGUUGGGAACCUUGCCUCCGAUAUCGACAUUCACAUGGAUUGGAACACGUUCUAUCCGAAACUCCUGAUGAACGUCGAGAUGGCUGAUUCCCGAAACAAACAAAAGGAAUCGUUAUUCGCUCGGAUCGUUGACGAUACCAGCCUCGUCGCCCGUAUUUCCACCACGGCGCAAAAGGACUACUCCAAGUCGUACUGUUCGCGCUGCAAAGCACUGGGACACGAGCGUGGUUGGCGUCUCUGUCCAAGCAGGAACAAACGGAUGCGAGCGCUCCCGUUUCCUCGGACUCAAACUCGAACGUAG